CUGUGUGUGUGUGUGUGUGUGUGUGUGUGUGUGGAAUAAGGGUACUUCGCAGUGUGUGUGUAAAUCAGUAAGAGUGCUCUUGGAAUGAGGUUAGUAAGUGUUCUCUCAGUGUGUGUGUGUGUGCGUGUGCGUGUGUGUGUGAGAGAAAGAGAGAAAUGCACUUUAUUAUUCUCAUGACUGUAGUGUUAGUGAUAUUAAUAAAUAUCUGGUGUUUUUGUUAUUUGUGAGCCAAGAGUGUGAGACUGAUUGUAAAUCUGGUGUGGGUGGAGCUUAAACUCUGCUGUCAGUCACAGAGACCAAUUAGCCAAUCAGGAGCCUCUGUAAGGUUACGUAUCUAGAAGAGGGCAGACAGCACUUUUCUUCAGGGCUGAUUUACACUGAGAUACUUCAAACAUCUAUCAAAUUGAAAUCAUCUUUCAGCUCACAGCUCAUCCUCCUGCUCUCAGUUCUGAAGGUUUCUUGAAGAAGUGGAAACUCACUGAGAGGUGUCAUGGCCAGUAAAGAGGUAAAGCAGAAGUUGCAGCGGUGUCUGAUGAACCGUCGGAGUUUUAAACGAACAGAGACUGAACGGGAGAAAGCACAUGUCUCAGCGCUCAACUCCCAGCAUGAGAAUCCAAACACACCUCCGUCUUCACAUCCCAGAGGUAAACAGCUGUGGAGAACAGCCUCUGAUUCAGUUCUGAAGCACAAACUGAAUCAUAGCAGCGGCAGCAGCUGCACUAAAUGUCAGUACUCUCCACCUACAGCGCAGUCUGAUCACACGCCACAACUGUGGGACAAAAGUGUACAGCCGUACCAUCAGAUGGACAGGAAUGUGAACGUCAUCGGCCCGGUAGAGAUGUGGAUCCAGCAUCCUCUCACUCAUUCACAUGAAAACAUGUUACAGCGCUUCAUCUUACUGAAACAUGUGUACAUAGAGGUCAAUCCUCAACUGGCAGUUCUCCAGGGAGCGUGUGUCAGUGUGAGGCAGCACAGACCGUUACACAGAUGUCAUUCUCAGCCUUUAAUCCUGAAUGAACAGCCGUGUGGAUUUUAUCAGUGCAGGAGCGUCCAAAGACCAAAGAGACUCUUACACACACAUAAGACGAUCCCGACUAGAGUGUGCGUAAUCCACCAAGAACAGCACCACCUGCAGGCGGAGAAGAGAACGGAGAAGCAGGAAAAAGGAGAUGUUCAGUUUAUAGUUGGAGAAGAUCACAGCAUUGAUCUCCAGGAGGAACUCUGUGAAGACUCAUCACAGCUAAGUCCCAGCGCUAAGCAGUGGCUCUGCAGACCAAAGCUUGGAUUACAAAGCAGAUCACACCAACGCCUGACACACACCCACUCCUGUCCUCCUGCCACUGCCACUGCCACUGCCGACUCUGCCCCUGACUUCGCCCUCAGAACAGGGCUCAUGUAUGAUCCACAGAUGCUGAAGCAGCAGUGUAUCUGUGGCAACAGCAGCUGUCGUACUGAGCAUGCUGGGAAGGUUCCGCGAGUCUUUGCCCGGCUGCAGGAGUGUGGAGUCAGUAACCAGUGUAAGUGGAUCUCAGGCAAACAGUGCAGUAUGGAGUAUCAGAGCAGCUUGUUUGUGUUAGCAGUGAAGACAGCAGCAGCAUGUGUUACUGACCUGCUACUGCGUGUUGCUCAAGGUCGGCUGAAGAAUGGUUUUGCAAUCGUACAAACACACGGACCUGAUGCCUCACACUCAUCCCCCUCUAAAUCAGUGGUGAAUCCUGUAGCAGUUGCUGCUGAGCAUCUUUUAAAAAAACUUAAUAACAGAAAGAUUCUCAUUCUUGACUGGGAUGUUCAUCACUGUCAUACAACUCCAAAGAUUUUCUACAAAGACCCCAACAUCCUCCACAUCUCACUGCAUUGCUACGGCAACGCCACACCCGGUGCCACGCCCAUGUCUGGGGCAGGACGACUGGAUGAAGUGGACUUGGGUGAUGGAAAUGGUUUUAACGUCAAUGUGGAAUGGUCAUGUGACCUGGACCCACCUAUAGGAGAUGCAGAAUACUUGGCAGCGUUCAGGACAGUGAUCAGACCGAUUGCUCGGCAGUUCUCCCCUGAAAUUAUUCUGAUUUCCACUGAGUUCAACACAGCAGAAGGUCAUCCAGAGUCAUGCAGAGGACCGAGAGUGUCUGCAAAAUGUUUUGGGCUCCUCACUCAGAGCCUGAUGGAGCUCUCUGGUGGUCAUGUGGUGCUGGUGUUAGAGCGAGGUCAUGACCAUCCGGCUGUGUGUGAGGCGUCUGCAGCGUGUGUUAAUGCUCUGUUACAGAACAAGGUUGAGACUCUGUCUGAGUAUGUCCUGAUUAAGAAGCCGUGUGCUGCCGCAGUUCAGUCUCUACACAGAGUUCUGCAGAUUCAUAGUCAGUACUGGUCAUCAAUGAGAGAUCUGACCCACACUAUAGGUGAGUCAUGGUUACAGGCUGAGGGGAAACAUUCAGCACAGACUGACACGGCCUCUGCCCUCGCCUCUCUCAGCAUGACCACACCCAACUACCCCGGCAUCUCCUACCCUGAGAUGUUGGGGCUCUGUGGUGGUGGAAAUGAGCCGGUGGAGCACGACGAGGACGAGGACGAGGACAAAACUCUAAUGUGAUCUUGUCGAGAGAAAACGAGACAAUGGACGAGAGACCAAAACAUCUUUUCACAUGAAUUGAUUGACCUCAAUGUUUGGCCAAAAGUUUUUGGCCACCUGAGCAUAAGAUUAUGUGCGUUUUUGAACAUAAAGCACAAACAAGGGUGUUAGUAAAGUCAGGUAGUGAUGUAGGUGAGAAGGUGAGGAGGUCUAGAGUGUAGUCAGCGUUCAUAUAUAUAUAUAUAUAUAUAUAUAUA